UGCGGCUCCUCCUCGGGGCGUGGCGGGGGGACGGGGCCUGCGCCCGGCCGCGGGGCGCCGCUUAAAGGCGGCGGGGCGAGGCGGGGCGGGGCGCCGAGAUGGCGGCCAGGCGGCAGCCGGAGCUGGACAACGGGUCCUUGGAAAUAACACAGAGUUUAGAAGAUGAUCCUCUGCUGGAUGCACCUCUUAUUUUGUCUCAUACACUGCAUUCACAACUGAGGCCAAGAUUUCAUGCUAUCCCAGCAGUUUUCCUUGCCAAUUUUCUGUUGCUUAUACAUGUUGCUUUUGUUGUUCUAGCGUUUUUAGCAGCUAUGUUUUGUUCUUACCCUAAUCCAAACCAGGAUAAGUGCCCUGGAAACUAUACUCACCCACUGAAAGUGCAGACUGUCAUAAUCAUUGCAAAAGUAAUUCUGUGGAUUCUGCAUGUUUUUUUUGAGCGAUACAUCUACCACCACCACAGUAAAGUCAGAAGCAGAGGGUACUUCUCAAUAUAUCGAUCAACAAGACACCUAAAAAGGCUUCCACUUGUGAUACACUCUACAGGUAAUGCAGCCCUGCUUUUGAUUCUGUCAACCCAGCAUUCCUUUCCUGAUCACAGUAAAGUGUACCUGUAUCUUAUCUUGGGAGUCCUCGGUGUGGAGCUGAUUAGUUCACUGACCUGCUUGGUGAUUUACACAGUGAAAAUAAGCAACUUCAAUCGUGCAAAGCCAAGGCCUGACAUAAUUGAAGAAGAAAAGAUGUACGCUUACCCUAGUCACAUUACUUCAGAAGUUGGAUUCAGGGAAAACUCAAGUUUAGAAGAGAUAGUUGAGAAGCAAGGAGAUGUAAUAGAGUAUCUUCAGCGACACAAUGCACUGCUCAGCAAGAGACUGUUGGCGCUAACAUCUCAGCAAAUAAAAAGUUAAACUUUGGAAAACUGCUGUUGGAGCACAAGAGGGAAUAUGAGGCAAUGCAAUAUCCAAACUGUUUUGUACAAAUGACUCUUCAAUCAUCUUUCACACUUCAAAAUAGAAGUUAAACUGGAAGCAUGAGCUCUGCAUUUGCUGUAAGCCUGUUACAAUUGGACAUACUGGCUGCUUUCACAUCAGUUCUGAAGAAGAUCUGGAGCUUCAAGGAUUCUAAAAUCCUAAUAGGUUACAGUUGGACUUGAUGUAAUGGUUUAACUUCUUUCAGUUGUUGCUAUUAUUUUGCCCUACUGUAGUCUUGAAGUACUUUACAUUUCUGGACUAUAAAUUUGUUCUCAAGGAAAAGGUAAUUUUGCAGAGGAUGUCUUCACGGUCUGCAGCGCUGAAGUUGAGGACAAGACAUGUUCUGUUGCAGAAUUCUAUUACUUCCAGUGUUAGAGGUGGUAUACUUCAUUAACUCUAUACAAAAUAGUUGCUUUCUAGAUCUGCCCCCUUUUUCCCUCUGCCAAGAAAAGGAAUGUAUUGUUGCCUGUGCCAGCAGUGGAACUUGGCAUCCUGUUAAGAAAAACAAAGGCACUGAAUGCCCUAAAAUGGUAUAUUUCACAUGUGGUACAAAACAAGGUUAUGAUAAGCAAUCUGAGCAGCUGUUCAGAACGUUGGCUUUAAAUCUCCCAAGAGGUGUCUUCAGGGCUGCUGACAUUCUUUUUACUGAGAUUCUGUGUCAGCAAAGACUAAACAGAUUCUUGUUCUGUCUUCUCUGCCUACUGAACUAACACAAAUACUUGAAGCAAGCUCUCAAUGACCUGGUAAGCAAUUUGAGUGGCGUUUUAAGUUAGAUCCUGUACAAGGUGCUAUCACAAUUGCAGUUGCACUUGGUCUACAUCUUGAUUCAUAAAAAAUGACAGCAUCUUAAUGAAAACAAUGUGUAUGUGUGUGGUUUAAAAAAAUAAAAAGUUUUCUGGAAGUUGGAGAAACAAGAGUCUGCAGAUUGGGAAGGGGGGUGAAAGGACCAUUCUCCUCCAGGUACUACUUUGUCUACCAAUGUAGACUAAGCAUUAUUUUAGAAGCCAAUAUCUAUGGGAAGACAGGGUAAUCACUGGUCAAAACUUGGAAGAAGGUCUUCAUGGGAAGUUGUCUUGUGGUUGAAUGGGUGUGGGAGGGAAGACAGUCUUUCUAUUUUGGUACUGGGGCACAACUUUAGAAAUAAUUGUUCAGUGUGUAACAAAUAUGGAGGUUGAUAAACAAAUAUUGGGGAUUUUGCUGCUAUCCAACACUAAACUGUUCCCCUUAAUUGUUGUUGGUUUUUGUUUUUUUUUGAAAGUAAAAUCAAGAUUUUAUAAUAAACAUGUGAGGGAUACAAAUGUCUUUGGUUUUAGAACUCAGGUUUUGAUGUGAUUGUGUGUACUGAUUUAUAUAACUUCUGUGAAAAGCAGUGAAAUGUGACUGUGACGUUCAUGCACAAUAAAUGCAACUAAGGAAAAGUGUGAAA